CGAGCUAUUUAGUGGCACCCGAGGCCCCGCCCCAAGCCGGAAGUGACGGAGGCGAGCUAGCGAGUCGUAGCUACCUCUAUGGUUUUCCUCUCGUUCUUGAGUCGGGAAAUGGCCGCUGUGUAGUUACGACGGAGCUAAAUCCCGGGAACGGCUGUUCGUUGUGUCAGGAACUUGAAUUUAGAGUUUAAUUUCUCAGAACAUUCUCUUCAGGAAGAACCUUACAGUAUCUUAAAGGCUUCACUGGCUUCUUGAUCCUGCAUAAGCCCAAGGAGAAAAGAAAUGGGUCGCUCCAAUUCUAGAUCACAUUCUUCAAGAUCAAAGUCUAGAUCACAGUCUAGUUCUCGAUCAAGAUCAAGAUCGCACUCUAGAAAGAAGAGAUACAGUUCUAGGUCUCGUUCCAGGACAUAUUCAAGAUCUCGUAGUAGAGAUCGUAUUUAUUCUAGAGAUUAUCGACGAGAUUACAGAAAUAAUAGAGGAAUGAGACGACCUUAUGGGUACAGAGGAAGGGGUAGAGGGUAUUAUCAAGGAGGAGGAGGUAGAUAUCAUCGAGGUGGUUAUAGACCUGUCUGGAAUAGAAGGCACUCUAGGAGUCCUAGACGAGGUCGUUCACGUUCCAGGAGUCCAAAAAGAAGAUCAGUUUCGUCUCAAAGAUCCCGAAGCAGAUCUCGCCGGUCAUAUAGAUCCUCUAGGUCUCCAAGAUCAUCAUCAUCUCGUUCUUCAUCCCCAUAUAGUAAAUCUCCUGUCUCCAAAAGACGAGGGUCUCAGGAAAAACAAACCAAAAAACCUGAAGGGGAACCCCAAGAAGAGAGUCCUUUGAAAAGUAAAUCACAAGAAGAGCCGAAAGAUACGUUUGAACAUGAUCCAUCUGAAUCUAUUGAUGAAUUUAAUAAAUCAGCCACAUCUGGCGAUAUUUGGCCUGGCCUUUCUGCUUAUGAUAAUAGUCCCAGAUCACCCCAUAGUCCUUCACCUAUUGCUACACCACCUAGUCAGAGUUCAUCCUGCUCUGAUGCCCCCAUGCUUAGUACAGUUCACUCUGCAAAAAAUACCCCCUCUCAGCAUUCACAUUCCAUUCAGCAUAGUCCUGAAAGGUCUGGAUCUGGUUCUAUUGGAAAUGGAUCUAGUCGAUACAGUCCUUCUCAGAAUAGUCCAAUUCAUCAUAUCCCCUCACGAAGAAGCCCAGCAAAGACAAUCAUACCACAGAAUGCUCCAAGAGAUGAGUCCAGGGGACGUUCUUUUUAUCCUGAUGGAGGAGAUCAGGAAACUGCAAAGACUGGAAAGUUCUUAAAAAGGUUCACAGAUGAAGAGUCUAGAGUAUUCCUGCUUGAUAGGGGUAAUACCAGGGAUAAAGAGGCGCCAAAGGAGAAAGGAUCAGAGAAAGGGAGGGCAGAGGGAGAAUGGGAAGAUCAGGAAGCUCUAGAUUACUUCAGUGAUAAAGAGUCUGGAAAACAAAAGUUUAAUGAUUCAGAAGGGGAUGAUACAGAGGAGACAGAGGAUUAUAGACAGUUCAGGAAGUCAGUCCUUGCAGAUCAGGGUAAAAAUUUUGCUGCUGCAUCUCAUCGGAAUACUGAGGAGGAAGGAUCCAAGUACAAGUCCAAAGUUUCACUGAAAGGCAAUAGAGAAAGUGAUGGAUUUAGAGAAGAAAAAAAUUAUAAACUUAAAGAGACUGGCUAUGUAGUAGAAAGGCCAAGCACUACAAAAGAUAAGCACAAAGAAGAAGAUAAAAGUUCUGAAAGAAUAACAGUAAAGAAAGAAACUCAGUCACCUGAGCAGGUAAAGUCUGAAAAGCUCAAAGACCUCUUUGAUUACAGUCCCCCUCUACACAAGAAUCUGGAUGCAAGAGAAAAGUCUACCUUCAGAGAGGAGAGUCCACUUAGGAUCAAAAUGAUAGCCAGUGAUUCACACCGUCCUGAAGUCAAACUCAAAAUGGCACCUGUUCCUCUUGAUGAUUCUAACAGACCUGCCUCCUUGACUAAAGACAGGCUACUUGCUAGUACACUUGUCCAUUCUGUCAAGAAGGAACAAGAAUUCCGAUCCAUCUUUGACCACAUUAAGUUGCCUCAGGCCAGCAAAAGCACUUCAGAGUCAUUUAUACAACACAUUGUGUCCUUGGUUCAUCAUGUUAAAGAGCAAUACUUCAAAUCACCUGCAGUGACCCUUAACGAGCGGUUCACUUCGUAUCAGAAAGCCACUGAAGAGCAUAGUACCCGGCAAAAGAGCCCUGAAAUACACAGGAGAAUUGACAUCUCUCCAAGUGCCCUGAGGAAGCAUACCCGUUUAGCAGGAGAGGAGAGAGUUUUUAAAGAAGAAAGUCAGAAGGGAGAUAAAAAACUAAGGUGUGAUUCUGCUGAUCUUCGGCAUGACAUUGAUCGCCGUAGAAAAGAAAGAAGUAAAGAACGGGGGGAUUCCAAGGGCUCCAGGGAAUCCAGUGGAUCGAGAAAGCAGGACAAAACUCCAAAAGAUUACAAGGAAUACAAAUCUUACAAAGAUGACAGUAAACAUAAAAGUAGAGAGCAAGAUCAUUCUCGAUCUUCGUCCUCUUCAGCAUCACCCUCUUCUCCCAGUUCUCGAGAAGAAAAGGAAAGUAAGAAGGAACGAGAAGAAGAAUUUAAAACCCAUCAUGAACUGAAAGAAUACUCUGGCUUUGCAGGAGUUAGCAGACCACGAGGAACCUUCUUUCGAAUUAGAGGCAGAGGAAGAGCCAGAGGAGUUUUUGCUGGGACAAAUACUGGUCCAAACAACUCAAAUACUUCUUUUCAAAAGAGACCGAAGGAAGAGGAAUGGGAUCCAGAAUAUACCCCAAAGAGCAAGAAGUACUUCUUGCACGAUGACAGAGAUGAUGGUGUGGAUUAUUGGGCCAAAAGAGGAAGAGGUCGUGGGACUUUUCAACGUGGCAGAGGGCGCUUUAAUUUCAAGAAAUCAGGUAGCAGCCCAAAAUGGACCCAUGACAAGUACCAAGGGGAUGGGAUUGUUGAAGAUGAAGAAGAGACUAUGGACAAUAAUGAAGACAAGAAGGACAGACGCAAAGAGGAAAAGGAAUAGUAACUGAAGUAAGAUUGCUACAGAGAGCAGAACUUGCACCCACCAUUUUUUUUAACCUGAAUUUUGUUUUCAAAUGAUGUAAGCAUUUUACUUAAAUUUUACUGUUUGCAAGUAGCCUAUAGAAAUUUUGUUUUAAGUCUUCAGAUAUCUUGAAAAAUAGUAGACCGUAUGUUGAAAAUUGUAUUGAAAUAAAGUAGAAAAUUGUUACGUACCAUAUUUGUAACUCUCAACUUUUAAAUACUUUUACUGUUUUUGUUACAUGCAUUGUAAUUCUGCUUUGUCUAUAAGAUAUGGUUCAAGUACAGCUCUGUGAAAAGUUCUGAUUCUCUUCCUUCCCUGUUUGUUAAUGUUUUAUUCUGAAGUAAACGUUAGCUCUACAUACAAAUCCGUGAACAGAAAUUGUUUAUAGUGACCACACUAAUUAUUUUAACUGUAUACAUCUGAUUAACAUCUUAAAGUGAUUCGAACACUACAUCUGUAGGGUAACUACUUUUUGAAGUGUACCACAAAAAUUAAUACUUCGGUAAACUAAGCUGAUUUAACACUUCAGCAAAUAAGGAAAAAAUGCUUUGCCAAUAGCUUAAAAACUACAAACUGUUAAAAGUGGAUUAAAAGGUUUGAGAAAAUGUGUUUUUACUGAAAGCAAACAGUGGCCUGUAAGAACCAUUGUUAGGAGCCUUUGAGUUCAAAAUUUAAUGUUCUCUUUUGAUUCUCAUUUGGUAGUUUGAGUCAUGGUCUUAGUACCUGUUUGAGAGAGGUAACUGGUUUGUAAUAACAGCGAGUAAAAAGUCCCACUCCCACAGAAUAUUGUAGUAUUAAAAAGAAAGAACAAAAUCUGUAAUUGUAAUGUUGCUAUGGAGAGGAUUAUCCUGCAGAAUAAAUUGAUGUGUCCAGUACCUGAUUUCAUAGGUUAUAUCUUAUUUGAGCUUUUGAAUAGCUGGAAAUGAGUGGUAUAACCAUAAGAAAAAAUAGACAAGUAUAAUUUGUUCAUUAUUAACUGAGUUCUAAUAAUAAAAGGUUUUGGCAGGAAGCUUGCAGCAUUGAUCUAACUUACUUUUUUCUCCCCGUUUCACUUGCAGUUUGUAAAGUAGCUUUUUCUUUUUCUUUCCAAGGGCUCUUUCAUUCAAGUAGAUAAUCUUUCAAAUGUGAAUUACUUUUUAUGUUUAUAGCUCUUAAAAGAAUGAAAAUCUGAAAUAGUAUACUUCUUAUUUCUGUUUAUAUAAAACUAACCACGAUUCAUUUUAAUUCAACCAAAUUAGUUGUAUAUUUUUGCAUUUAAAGAUAAUGCUUGUUCUGUAAAUGUGAACCUUUGAAGAUCUUAAGUGUGUGGUUCUUUCAUCCUCAUUUUUGAUGCUUUGCAGUGCGUAUAGCACCUUGAUUGCAGCCAGGGACAUUUGCUAAGAGCUUUUGAAACUAAGCAAAACUAAAAGGAAAGUCAGUAUAUUUGAUAUUUAUUGUGUAAGGUCCUUAGUAUUGCAUAAUUUUCUCUUAUUUUCUCUUUUUGAAAUCACCUAGUAAAGCAGAGAAGAGGUUCUCGUCAAAGCAAGGAUGUAUUGCAUCGAUUAGGACAUAACCCUCUUAGAAUAAUGCUUAAAUUUCAAAGCAACAUGGUAGAGACCCCAACAUUUAUUUUAUACCGUUUCAUUUUAUAUGAACAACACAUUGCUUUUAAAAGUCACUAUUUGGUUAGACACAGAUUCCCUAUGCAUGUCUAUUUUUGUGUAGCUUUGCUUUUCCACUGAAAGGCAAAAGAGGAAAGGGGAUUUACUAAAAAAUUAUUCAGUAGGGAGUUGGGAAUAAAGCUACUCAAGUUCUUUGGACAGGUUAUAUUUUAAGUGCAAAUGCAUUGCUUUAACUUUGGUUACUUUUAUUCUCAUACAGUUGAGGAAAGCAUAUCCUAUCAGAAUAUAGUAGGAUAGAGUGAUUGUGAGAACUACAAUAGAAUGGCAUUAUGGAUGUUAUCUUUUUUAUAGCCAAGAAUAAUAUAAAAAGUAGUCCGUAUUUUUUUAAAUCACAGUUUAAUUCCACACUUUAUGAUGUUAUAAAAGCUGAAUGGUUCCUUUUGGUAAGGAUAUUUAUUUACAAAUGCCAGAAAAUAACUCUUUGAUACUUGCAUUAACAAACUUGUCUUUUGCUUGGAGAAGGGAAAAAAAGACGAACCAAAGGUAUUUCUUUCUAGAAAAAAUAAAACUGUUUAAUAAGGCCAUGACUCAAUUCUUAGGUCUGUAUACUUUUAACAUCCUAAGAAUUUAAUACAAAAAGCAAAACGUUUUUUCAAUUGCAGUCUGCUUCAAGGAAUUGCUGUUGGUUCCUUUUUGUCACAGUUAAAAUCAGUGUUGGGAAUUAAAUAAUAAUUUGAGAAAAAUAUUACCCAAUAAGAAUGAAUGUAGAUGGCUUAACGAUUCUUACUCAGUGUGAUGUAUAAUGCAACAGGGACCCUUGUAAAUUGUCAUAUGCCAAUAAAAAUGUCAUAAGUGGUAA